AGAAAGGAAAAAAAAACUGGGUUUGUGGUAUGCAUACAUAUACAGCUGAACCGGAUCUUUCUUGGGAGCUUGUUUAGGUCAGAGAAGUUUCUAUCAUUUCCUCGGCUCCUAAAUUCAAUGAUCAGGACAUGGCUUCGAAUUUGUUCAUCCUCAACUGGCCAAUCAUACAUCUUCCUACCGCAUAUCGCUCUCUCCUUUCACCGAUACGCCGUCCUCCCAGAACAAAUCCAGUGUGAAGAAACUGUCUCCGUAGCCAUGGACUCUAUGAGAAAAGGCGAAAGCUGGGACGUUCUCAGUCGCAAGCUCGUUCAUUUCGAGAUGAGCAAUUCGGUAGUCCGACAAGUGCUGCUCCAAUUCAAACAACCCGUCGAUGCCAAGCGCGCUUUAGGGUUCUUCCACUGGUGCGCCAUGAGUAAGAAUUUCAAUCACAAUAUCUCCAACUACUGCAUUGCGAUUCUUAUUCUGGUUAGAGCAAAGCUCAUUAGGGAUGCUCGAGCCCUGCUUGAAUCUGUCCUGUUGAAGAACUCAAACGACCAUGACCUGGAAGUGGUUAGUGCACUUCUUGAUAGUUACAGGAUCACCGAUUCUUCUCCACUGGUCUUUGAUUUGCUUGUUCAAUGUUAUUCCAAGUUGAGAAUGAUGGACAUUGCCUUUGAUACAUGUCUGUAUUUAGAUGAGCAUGGGUUCACCCUUAGCAUCAUUAGCUACAAUAUGUUGAUUCAUGUGGUUCAAAAGUCUGAUCGUACUGAUCUGGUUUGGAGGAUUUACGAGCAUAUGAUCCAAAAGAGGGCAUACCCGAAUGAAGUAACAGUCAGGACGAUGAUCAGUGCUCUGUGCAAGGAAGGAAAACUGCAAGAACAACUCGAUAUCAUUGACAGGAUUCAGGGGAAAAGGUGCCCACCUUCUGUGGUGGUUAACACUAGUUUGGUAUUCAGGAUGAUUGAAGAAGGUAGGGAUGAGGAGGGUCUGAUACUGAUGAAGAGAAUGUUGCAGAAGAACAUGAUUCUCGACACCAUAUUUUACUCUCUAGUUGUUUUUGCAAAAGUUAAGAUCCAUGGCGUGGACGCUGCACGUGAGGUGUUUGAUGAAAUGCUGAAGAGAGGUUUUGAAGCAAAUCCAUUUUUAUGUACUGUAUUUAUUGGUGCUCAUUGCAAUGAAGGAAGAAUUGAUGGUGCAAUUAGGCUGAUGCAAGAAAUGGAAGAUGUGGGUAUAAAGCCAUAUGAUGAAGCCUUUAAUAGUCUAAUCUUAGGAUGUGCUCUGGCUGGAAGAGUGGAAGAAGGCUUAAAGUUUUAUAAAAGAAUUCUGGCAAUGGGAAAUGUUCCAAGCCGUGACGCCUUCAACUCCAUUGUCGGAAAGCUAUCGGAAACAGGCUGCACGAGUUUGGCAAAUAGCCUGCUAACAGAUUUGAUGGAGACAGAAUUUAAACCCGAUGAAACCACUUAUUCUCAUCUUAUUGCUGGUUAUGCUACAGAAGAGAAUAUUCAAGAGGUUAUGAAGCUGUACUACGAGUUGGAAUUUAGAUCAAUCCAUCCAAAUGAAUCGGUUUUUGAGCCCUUGAUUUGUUGUUUAUGUCGAAGUGGGAAGGUGGACGAAGCCGAACGAUGUCUCAAGGCGAUGAGAGAUCGGUCGAUUGAACCAUCGGCAAACAUAUAUAAGGCACUAAUUUGUGGCGGAGCUCAUCAAUUAAAUAGCAAAAUACACAUACAUACACAUGUUAACUCUUAAUGGUAUUAAUCACAAUAAAAUUAUUAUUUUCAAAUUUUAGAUCCUUUUGACUUGAUUAUGAAUUAUGUAACAACUUGUUAUACAUCUGUUCAAAAUUACUGGGGAAUGAAAAUAUAUGGUCAUGUUUUCACU